AUGUCUCGCACAGGGUUGUUUCUAGCCCUAGCGGUGCUCUUUCACCUUAUCUACACCUACUCGAUCUUCGACAUCUACUUCGUCAGUCCAAUUGUAAGUGGCAUGCGAGAAUAUGGUGUCGAACGCGCUCCCAGUGCCAAAGCCCCCGCCAAACGCCUCGUCCUGUUUGUUGGUGACGGUCUGCGCGCAGACAAGGCAUUCCAAUACUUCCCGGACCCUUCCCCUCCAAAGACCGGGUGCUCGAAGGAUAGCGAGGACAAUAUAACCUGUCCAGAACCCGAUUUGACGCCCAAACCACUUGCGCCGUUCCUCCGUUCACGCGUCCUGGAGCAUGGCACCUUCGGAGUAUCGCAUACUCGAGUACCGACUGAGUCAAGACCGGGCCAUGUUGCUCUGAUUGCAGGCUUAUAUGAAGAUGUUUCGGCUGUGACAACAGGGUGGAAGCUGAAUCCUGUCAAUUUUGACAGUGUGUUCAACCGAAGCAGACACACCUGGAGCUGGGGGAGUCCUGAUAUCUUACCCAUGUUCAAGGAGGGUGCUGUCCCUGGCCGGGUUUCUGUUGAUAUGUACAGUGAAGAGGCAGAGGAUUUCACUCGGGAUGCUACAUUUUUGGAUAUCUGGGUAUUUGACCGUGUUAAGGAAAUGUUUGCAGCUGCAAAAGAGGACAAGGAGCUCGAUGCACAGCUCAGAGACGAUAAGGUUGUGUUCUUUUUACAUCUCCUUGGCUUGGAUACGACCGGGCACUUCUACCGUCCGUACUCAAAGGAAUACCUACAUAAUAUCCAGAUUGUCGACCAAGGCGUUCGCGAGAUCACUGAGUUGAUAGAGGAUUUCUAUGGCGACAAGGAAACCGCCUUUGUCUUUACUGCCGACCACGGUAUGAGCGACUGGGGCAGUCAUGGUGACGGUCAUCCAGAUAAUACCCGUACACCCCUUAUUGCCUGGGGUUCUGGAGUAGCUAAACCAGUGAAGUCUAAGAAAGGUGUUGUUGCACCUGGACAUGAGGACGGUUUCUCCUCAGACUGGCACCUAAACGAUAUCAAGAGACAUGACGUUGCUCAGGCCGAUGUGGCUGCUCUAAUGGCUUACCUGGUCGGCCUAGACUUUCCCGUCAACUCUGUAGGAGAACUCCCACUCUCCUACUUAGAUGCCACUCCAAAGGAAAAAGCCAAAGCUGCCCUCGCCAAUACCCAGGCCGUCCUUGAAAUGUAUCGUGUCAAGGAGGAACAAAAGAAAGCUACUACUAUCAAGUAUCAGGGGUAUUCGUCUUUUACACAACCACAGCGCUCACCGGAGGCUCAAUUAGCUGCCAUCCGUAAGUUGAUCUCGACCCGCAAAUACGAGGAAUCAAUCCUUCAAUCUAGAAGGCUGUUCCAGGAUGCAUUGGAAGGGUUGCGUUACCUACAGACAUAUGACUGGUUGUUCCUCCGCGCCAUUGUAACAGCGGGAUACUUAGGCUGGAUCGCAUAUGCCUUGGUCACGGUGAUAGACCUGCAUGUUCUGCCAACGUCUCCGGAACCUGACCGAUCCGUCCCCAGCUUCAUGUUCUUUUCGUCUGUGCUCAUGGUUCUAUACUCUCUUCUAUGGGUUCAGCAGUCGACGUGGCGGUAUUAUGCAUAUGCAUUCUUCCCAGUUUUCUUCUGGGAGGAAGUGUUUGCUCGCCGUGCGGCCCUUGGUGCUGGGCGAAAGAUACUCCUAGGCCACGUUAAGUCGUUCACAGGAUAUGCCAUGUUUCUGUUACAAGCUAGUCUAUAUAUCGGGGUUUUACAGGGACUUGUUCAAUCAUAUUUCAACAGAGAGAUAUACACAUAUUGUUACCUGCUUGGUUCCGUAUGGCCCGCUCUAUACGGAUUCGACUUUUUGAACAAGAAUAAGCUACUCUCAGCAGCAUGGACCAUCAGCUGUAUCUGUAUGAGCAUAUUUACCCUUUUACCUGUCGGUAAACAAGACGAUGCAGAUACUGUUACCUGCGGAGGUAUUCUCAUGUUUGCCACUGGAAUGCUCUACUUGAUAUUCGAGGAAUCUAUCCUUUCAUCCUCGAAAAUAGGAACUCGUUCGGGAAGCACCUUUAACAUCGGGUCACGUAUUGUGAUGGGGGCUCAGAUUGGCCUUAUACUUCUCUCUAUCAUUGUUACUCGCUCCAGCAUUGCAUCUCUCCAAGAGAGAGCGGGAUUACCUCUUGGUAACCAAGUCACGGGUUGGAUUGCAAUGGUAUCAUCUUUUAUCUUACCGAUACUACACAAGCUCUUCCCAACAGGACACUACUUCCACCGUCUGAUACUCCUGUUCCUCACCUUCUCACCCACCUUCAUCGUCCUCACAAUCUCCUACGAAGGAAUUUUCUACGUCGUGUACUUUGCAACUCUAGUCAGCUGGGUCCGACUUGAAUAUAGCAUCUACAAGCAUACAUUGCCCUCAAUACCCACCAAACCAACUCUCUCCCGAGAAGAUACCCCUAGACCUACGUCCCCAGGCUUCAAACCGGUUACACCGAAUACCAACACUUCCACAUAUCGGCCUCUUAACAUCUCUGACGCCCGCAUUGCCCUUUUUUUCCUCUUCCUUCUUCAAUCCGGUUUCUUCAGCACCGGUAACAUAGCCAGUAUAUCUUCUUUCUCCCUCGACAGCGUCUCGCGCCUCAUCCCCGUUUUCAACCCUUUCUCUCAGGGCGCAUUACUCAUCCUCAAAAUCCUCGUCCCCUUCGCUUUACUGAGUGCAACCUUCGGCAUUCUCAACCGCAGACUGCACGUUGCGCCGUCAGCUCUGUUUAUGAUCGUCAUGUGCAUCAGUGACGUGAUGACAAUGAAUUUCUUCUUUAUGGUUCGUGAUGAAGGGAGCUGGCUUGAUAUUGGCACUACGAUCAGCCAUUUUUGCAUAUCGAGUGCGCUAUGCAUAUUUGUGGCUCUCAUUGAGUCCUUGAGCGGCGUGUUCAUUUCGGGAGUUGAGUUUGAUGGCUAUCGGGCUCAAUCCGACCUGGGAGAGGAAAAGGACACUGUUUCCACUUAG